GUUUGCUCCUCCAUUUCCCCCACCUUUUCCGCGUCCCCUUCUUCUCCUCCUCUCUCUCUCUCCGACACGCCCCUUUAACUCGCUCCCGAUUCCAAAAAAUUCCGCCAUAGAUUAAAGCGAGAAACCCCAAGCAACCACCACCACCACGACCCGGAGUCCUCCCGGAUCGAUCAGUCCAACCCUGCGAAUCAAAUCCCAAGCCUUCUCGACGCUGGCCUCGAUCGAUUGGGAGGCCGCGUCUGCGUCCCCUUCUCUUUCCGGAGGAAGCUGGUGGCUUGCUGUGCGGCGGUGGCAUCGUCGGUUGGAGGCGCGGGGGAGCACUCGUCGCGUCCCGGGGGAGAUCGAAUCUAGCGGCGGACGGGCAAUGCGGUUGGUUUCCGGGGUGAUUUGAGGCGGGAGGCUGGGAUCUGGGUCUGGAAGGGAGGUGGGGAGCUCUGUCGGUGGGGUGGGGGGUGGGGGGAGUUGGUGGCGAGUCGACCGCGUGCUCGGGUUUGUGAGUGAGUAUGGAGCGCGUUAUUGGGGGCAAGUUUAAGCUCGGGAAGAAGAUCGGGAGUGGAUCCUUCGGGGAGCUCUAUCUCGCCGUGAACAUACAGAAUAGCGAAGAGGUGGCCGUCAAACUGGAGUCUGUGAAAUCAAGGCAUCCUCAGCUACACUAUGAAUCAAAACUAUAUAUGCUUUUGCAAGGAGGAACUGGGAUUCCACAUCUUAAGUGGUUUGGGGUUGAGGGGGAGUACAAUGUAAUGGUGAUCGAUCUUCUUGGCCCAAGUCUUGAGGACCUAUUUAACUACUGCAACAGAAAGCUCUCUCUUAAAUCAGUGCUUAUGCUUGCUGAUCAGAUGAUUGCUAGAGUAGAGUACAUGCACACGAGAGGAUUCCUUCAUCGUGAUAUUAAGCCAGACAAUUUCCUUAUGGGUUUGGGUCGUAAAGCAAAUCAGGUUUAUGUCAUCGAUUAUGGGCUUGCGAAAAAGUACCGAGAUCUCCAAACACAUAAGCACAUACCUUAUAGGGAAAACAAAAAUCUAACUGGAACUGCACGAUAUGCUAGUGUUAAUACACAUCUUGGAGUUGAACAAAGCAGGAGAGAUGAUUUGGAAUCUCUCGGUUAUGUACUGAUGUACUUCUUAAGAGGAAGUCUUCCUUGGCAAGGUCUGAAAGCUGGUACAAAGAAGCAAAAGUAUGAUAGAAUCAGUGAAAAGAAGAUGCUGACCCCAGUUGAGGUCCUCUGUAAAUCUUAUCCAUCAGAAUUUGUUUCAUACUUCCAUUAUUGCCGAUCACUACGGUUUGAAGAUAAGCCAGACUAUUCCUAUUUGAAGAAGCUCUUCCGAGACUUAUUUAUCCGUGAAGGGUACCAACUUGAUUAUGUAUUUGACUGGACCAUGUUGAAGUAUCCUCAAAUUAGAGAUAACAAACUACGACCUAGUGGGAAGACAAGUGGGUUGGUGGGUCGUUCUGCAGAACGGACUGAAAGAACUACAGGUGAAGCUCUUGCUAGAAGAACUGGCUCUGGUUCUGGCCGAAAUGGAGAACCCACUAAGCACAGAACUCUACUGGACUCACUGAUGUCAUCUAAGGCUACCGCUGAUACAGAUAAAACAAGGCCGACAUCACUGUCGCGGAACGGGAGCACGUCAAGACGGGCUGUUGUUUCGUCGAGCAAACCGAAUUGUGGAGAUCCCAGUGACACCAAUCGCACAAGCCGCCUAUUCUCAAGUAGCAGCAGCCGGCCAUCCGCUGCCCAAAGGGCGCUUCAGUCGGCCGGAGCUGAGCUGAGGUCCUCGUCGUUGUCCAAGACGCGUAAGAGCUCACGUGAUGAUCCCACCAUACGGAGCUUCGAGAUGCUCUCACUCAGCGCUGACAGGAGGAAAUAAGGAACGGAUGUAUUGAUGUUACUGGCAAGAGACUAUUAUUUGGGGUGCAGUGUUAUGAGCUGCCGCUCCACUAUUGGUACGUUGAAAUGCAAUCAUAAUGAACAGAUGUGUCGAAACAAUA